GUGUCGAUGGUCACACCUGUAACAGAGUGACGUACACAGACAGAAGCAUCUGCGCCGCCGAAGGCUCAUCCGUGGACGUUUCUUCCACAUACAACAGUUAUGAAGAUGAAGUUGAAUCAAAAUUUUGGUUCAGUCCUGAACGCAGAAAUCAGUGGAAGAAUCCUUCACAACCUGAGGACCUGAGUGAAGACUGGCAGUACGCAGGUCGAGUUCAGGUCUUUGAGACGGCGAGAGGACGCUCCACUCUGAGAAUCUCUGAUCUGAGACAGAGCGAUGCAGCCCAGUAUCACUUCAAAUUCAAAACACCACGCUUUGAAUGGAGGAGUGAUUUACCUGGAACAACUCUGACUGUCACAGGUCUGCAGGUGCAGGUGAUCAGAAAAACAGUCCGUCCGUCUCAUACCGAGGCGCAGCUGUUGUGUCAGAACAGCUGCAGUCCGCCUGGUCAUUUUUCCUUCGUCUGGUUCAAGAACGGACAGAGAAUUAUGGCAGAGGAAACUUCUACAUAUACAGACAGUUUCUAUCCCAGAGACAACAUCUCCUGUGCUCUUAAAGGACACGAGGAUGCCCGCUCUCUUUCGCUGAAUGCUCCCAAGGUUCCUUCUGUGUCAGUGAGUCCACCUGGUGAAAUCACGGAGGGCAGCUCAGUGACGUUGACCUGUGACGCGAACACGGCAGCUAACUACACCUGGUACGAGAAAAACCUCAAACUGCUCAGUAAAAAACAGCAGCUUGUCUUCAGCUCCAUCCAGAUCUCUGACUCUGGAGAGUAUUACUGCACAGCUGAGGACGAGCUCGGGGCGACAACAUCUGAAUCCAUCUUUAUCGAUGUGAAAUAUGCUCCAGUUGUUCUCUCUGUGUCAGUGAGUCCCUCUGCUGAGAUAGAGGAGGGCAGCUCAGUGACUCUGACCUGCAGCAGUGACGCUAACCCAGCAGCUAACUACACCUGGUACAAGGAGAACCAAACACUGGUUCAGGGACCAGACGGCAUUCAUCAUGUCACCUCCAUCAGGUCUGAGGACAGCGGGAUCUACCACUGCAAGUCUGAGAAUCCACAUGGACAGAUCAACUCUGCGUCUGUAUUCAUAGAUGUUCAGU